AUGCCCGGAAUGGAUCGUACUAUCAUCAUUUUCCUGCAUCCCUGCCGACCGAUUUCUGCAACGGGUACAACGGAAGGACCCGCUGUACCAGCGGCGUUUGCCGACCCCUGGCUGGACACCGGUCUGAACUUUUGCGUAGAGGAUAGCGUGGAAAUCGUGCUGCAAGGCGAAUCAAGGGAAUCAACAUCUAAAAGGUUUGUGCAGAGGGCACCGGUUGGCUGGGCCCUCAAAGCGAUGUAUGAGUUGCGGGCCAUCCAAAGUGGACCGCAGAGGACCGCGCAUUCAGGAUCAUCAUCAAUACCUUUGGCGCGAAAGCGAAAGCGAAAGCGAAAGCGAGCCAUAUUCAAUUUUGUAUGCAAGAAAACAAAGGCAGUUGUUGCCGUACCGCGAAUCGCCGACCGCCAAGCAGCAGCCUCUGCCUACUGCCGCACCACUUUUCUCUCUGUCGGCCGGCCGUACAAACGCGGUCAUAUAGCUGCGUCCUCGUCAACCCGAAUGCGUGCGUAAAAGGACAGCCUAACAAAAAAGGCAGGUCUACACGGGCAUGUACAACAGCAGCUCGCACAGCUGCUAUUAGAUCAAAAGUAGCAGCAGCAGCAGCAGCAGCAGCAGCAGCAGCAGCAGGUGGUGAGCAGCAGCACCAGCAGGUGCUUUCCAUAAUUUGCGAAUAAAUCAACAGUAAAGAAACUACCAUAAAGUUAUUAUCCAGAGCCCAGCACUGACUGAGCAGCAGCAGCUAGCAGCAGCAGCGAACCGAACAGGGCACCCCACGGCUCCUCAGAGAGUGCGGAUGUGUGGCGCAUACCAACAAGCCAAGCCUGAAACAAACCGCGAUGCAUACGAUUCGCGCCGGUGAAGUGAAGCACACGCCG